CGCAGAGUUACAGUUUCCCUUCAUUUCUUCACCCUCACUCACAUCAACGUCUCGAUCCCUCCACCAAUUAGCCGCCAAAUCAACAGCAUCGCAUGACACGCUACGAUAUUUCGUUACGUGCCUGCAAGUAAUUAGCUGAAAAUUUAUUAAGCUUCUGAGAAGAUCGUUAAUCUCUGUGCAUAGCAUUGAAGCACUUGAAAGAUGCAGAAAUUGGUUGACUUCAAACUACCACAUUUCUUCAAUUACCCACCUUACUUCACUUUGCAGCCUGUAAGAGACACAAGAGAGAAGCAGAUACAACUAUGGAAAGAACUUAUUUUAGAUUAUUGUAAAACACAGAAGAUAUUUGUAAUUGGACUUGAAGAAGAAUUUCCUCUAUUUACAAAUCAUGUAAUUGAAAGUAAGCUCAAAAUUCCUGCUUUUGUGUCAUUUUAUGUGAAGUUGAGUAGUCCCGUAAAUGCUCCUUUAGUGUUUUUAGAUAUUGCAGAAUACUUCUUAAGCCGGGCCGUUGAGAUAUCUAGCAAUGAAUAUGAACCUUCGGAAAGGGAUAUUCUAUAUGCAGAAGGGGUUACUCAGGGAAAUGGUUUGGCUUUCAUGGAUUUUUCACUUGAUGACCGUAUCCCAAAGUCUGAAACUUAUUCAGAUAACCUGGAUGCUCAGCUACCACCAUUGACCAAGCCCUUUCACCCUUAUGAGUUGAUACCUGAGACACCAAAGAAGACAUCCCUCAACAAGAAUUCAAACAGAAUGAAUAUAGCUUACUUGGUCAAUGGUGGUAGCUGGGCAUCCAGGUUCAUAUUCAUUGCUAGAUAUCUCAACGGCCUGAAGGAAACAAUUAUUUCCUACGUGCUGGGCUUUGCAAUUGUUUUGACUCAUUAUUUUUUAUAUUCCACAGAGCUUCAUGGAAUAGAUCGAACUAUUUUGAAUCGUGCACUGAAACUAUUAGAACAGAAGGGAAAGCUUGUGGUCUUUAAAGGAACUUCAACUGAUGAUGAAGGAGUUAAAUUUUCUCUAUAAUUUUGUGUUUGAAUCUAUUGAAUCUUGGGGUUUUUAAAUAUGUUCAAGAGGAGGAAUCUUUCGGUAUCUACCUCAUGAGUUUGUUGACGUGCAAGAUGUGUAAGAAAAAGCUGUAAUUAAUUGGUAUUGAAUUUCAUUUCGGGAGCUUCGUUAAGAGUUUAGUUUUGUAGCCAUUCGUGGUUAAAUUAGUGAAACUAUGCUGCCUGAGAAAUCAUGAAAUUCAUAAAUAGAAGGUGGCGUUCCAUUGUGCCAAA